CGCUGGGGAGCCGGGCCGGCCGCCGGCGAGCUCAAUGACACCCAGAAAGAAGUUACAGGGUCUUGUAGCUGCUACAGUCACUCCAAUGACUCCUGAUGGACAAAUUAACCUUUCGGUUAUUCAUCAAUAUGUGGAUUACCUGGUAAGCAAGCAGAACGUGAAGAACGUUUUUGUGAAUGGCACAACAGGAGAAGGACUGUCCCUUACCAUCCAGGAGAGGAAGCAGUUGGCAGAAGAAUGGGUGUGCCAAGGAAAAGACAAAUUGGAUCACGUGAUCGUUCACGUGGGAGCACUAAGUCUGCCAGAGUCCCAAGAGCUGGCAAGACACGCAGCAGCCGUAGGUGCUAGUGGUAUUGCUGUAAUAGCCCCCUUCUUCUUCAAACCCACAGACAAAGAUAAGCUGAUUGCUUUCUUACAGAAGGUUGCGUCUGAAGCCCCUGCGGUUCCAUUUUAUUACUACCACAUUCCUCCUCUGACGGGUGUGAAGAUUCGUGUUGAAGAGUUGCUGGAUGGAAUAAAAGAGCAGAUCCCCACCUUCCAGGGCGUGAAGUUCAGCGACACGGACCUCUUGGACCUUGCACAGUGUAUAAACAAGAAUGAGAGAGAACAGUUUGCAUUUCUGUAUGGGGUGGAUGAGCAACUGUUGAGUGCACUGGCAAUAGGGGCAGAUGGAGCAGUUGGAAGUACAUACAACUACUUGGGCCGAAAAACCAAUCUGAUGUUGCAAGCCUUUGCAAAGCCAGACCUUGCGUUAGCACGGAAGUAUCAGUUUCUCACUGGGGAGUUUCUCAACUUUGUCAUCAAACUAGGUUUUGGUGUUGCACAGACUAAAGCUGUAAUGACUUUUGUUUCUGGCAUUCCCAUGGGACCUCCACGGCUUCCGCUUGUUGACGCCUCCGAGGAUUUCAUCGCCAAGGCCAAAGCCAAGCUGGAUAGCAUUGUGUGGCCUGAUGGCGACUGAUUUUCACUUCUGUGUCCAUCUGGAAGUGGAGGCUCCUUUUCUGGGGUUCACUGUCACUUGGCACAUUCCCCACGUGAUGGGCUGAGAUGUCUUUCAGGGAAUUGGCAGUGUGCCUGAGCUCCUUCCUGUUAGGGUUGGCCUUGUUGGCACACAUGUAGUCAGUCGCCUUUUUGCGUAACUUUACUCUGGAGUGCACAUCCCAGGGCUAGCUGGUAUCUUUUAAUAAAAAAUUUAAAGAGCAUAUUUUACCCAGUUGAAGGAUCCUGACUCCUUUUGUCUAGAAAGGAGGAAGAUCUGUCUCUACAGAUCAUGUUUCGUCCUCUCCCUUCGCAUCUCCAGCACUACAGUGUGUUUUUAAACAUCGGUAUGACACCAUCUAGUUGCUCAGAUGGGUGUUUUACCGUUUGUCACAAAGUCAUUGGACACUAUGUAUGUAAAAUCCAGUUUUUGUCUGAUCUCAUUGUCUUUGUGCACCUUCACUUAAUGCAAAAUUUAAAAUAACUUCUGCAACAGAAGGCUUGUGGCUCUCUGAUGUGCAGGUAUUUCUCCAUCUUUUUCCCUGCGACAGAAAUGAAGGCAGAAUUGAGCUGUACGUCUCUAGAUUGCA